AUCAUGAUGUAACACAUGCACAAGCAACCUAUAAAGAUCAGCGCUAGCAAGAGCAAAAAAACCAAGAACCCGCCUAGUAUUAAUCCCAUGUGACCCUGAAGGAGUUCAUCUAUCCUCCGAUUACUAUCCUGCGUUUCCCAUCUUUGAAUCUUUUGAAGUCGAGUUAGGCUAGAGCAUGAUCCGUCUUCCUCGUCGCUCGUAUCGUUAGUACCGCACGAAUUUAUGCCGUUACAUUUGUGCCUAUUCGAUAUGCAUCUAAUCCAGAUGUUGGAAGAAUAAAGAAGCAAAUAGACAUGGUUAGACUUGAAGAAUCAGGAUUAUGCUCACAAGAUUCCACAAAUUUUAAUCGAAACCAUUUCCCUAGCAUUUCUUCAAAGAAUGAUGAACUCCUAGAACGGUGCAAUAGCCAUCGGCAAUUAAUAUUAGCCAAAUGGAAUAGAUCUAGCAGUUUCGAAGCUAACUUUGACUCCUUCAAAAAGAUGUUUAUACUCUCACUCGAUCAAACCAUCGAAUACAUGGAUACGCUGGAUAAUACGUACUCUAGAUGCAUAUCUAAAUUGAUCAAAAUGGAGAAAGUGGUCAAAAUGACUUACUCCAAAAAAAUGCAAAACAGGUCUUUCCAGCGGAACAACAAAUCUCGCGACGAGGAUAAUAAAUAUGACGCACCUCACCAGAACGGGAUCGGAAUAGCUCCGAGCAAACUAUCAAAUUAUUUAUCUUCAAAGAAGAUCAAUAUUAAAGGAGCACUUCGAAGCGAAUCCCGCCUGAAGGAAAGAUCCGAACAUGAUUCCUCAUAUCUGUUCGAUGGCAAAAUAAAGGAAAAGCGACAUAAAUUUAGAAAUAUUCCACCGUCUCAUUAUUACGAAUCUCAAUUUAAUAAGAACUUGCCUCGAAAUAAAGAUAAAGAAUAUGGCCAUUCAACCCCAAAACGCAGAAUGUCAAUGGAUUCACAGAGGAAAAUCGUAAAAUCUGACAAGGUUACUUUGCAGGAUCUCGAAUCGACAUUUAAUAACAAUCGUUACACCUUAAAGAAUAAGCUAGAUCAAGAUACAUUUCUCCCUGAUUCGACGCACAAGGCCUUCAAAAAAAGUAACGAAAAUUAUUCUCGCGAUACUCUCGAUUCGUACGAUAAAAUAUCAUCGAAGAUCAACAAUUUAAGCCAACUUUUGGAUGAGUGUAAUGAUUCGGAAUUCGACAAAAUCGGCGAUAUUCGAAAUAACAUUCCCAAAUUUACUAAUGAUCAAAUUUCCCGAAAUUAUACGUUGUACUUCGAUUCUCUGACUAAUCGGCAAAAGGGAAGAGGCCUAAAAUUGCUGAAAGAAGGGGAAGAAGUCGAAACAGAGGACGUACAGGGGAGCGAUUACAAUCUAUUUUCUUUUAAAGAUCGCGGGAGACCUAAACACAAACGCGAUCGAAUUCCAUUUAGGGAUUACGUUAAAAAGGAAAAUCUAGGCAUGAUGACAUCGUCUCGAAUAACGCAACAUUUUAAAACCAAUGGUUACCAAUUGAACAAUAAGGACGAAAACCCUAAAAUCAAAGCUUUAACUAUCUCGACAGCUCCAUCCAUAUCCAUUCCUCCUUCCCAGGUAACGCGGCUAAAAAAUGGUAAGAAAAACGAUGAAAAAAUUCUAUCAGAGGCCAAGGAUAAAUACAAAAUUUAUUCCGAUAUCCCCACGACAAAGCUAGAAUCAAAAGGAAGCUUACACGUGGACGAAAACACGGACAACGACGAUAUACCUUCACUCCCAGGGGAAGAGGUACCUAAAACAGUCAUUGCACAAAGAAACGGGUCUAAAACUGAAAUUAAAUCAGAUCCAUCCUCCUUAUCCAUAUCAAGUUCUUCCAAGUCUACAAUAUUUAAAUCGACUAAAAAAUCUCACGAAGGUAUCUUGAGCCGUAAUUCGUCGAGCAGCAAAUCUACCAUCAGGGAUCCCAAAAAAAGUCAGCUGCUCAACACUCCGAGCAAGAUUCCUACUUACAAAAGGUCUGGCCAUAGUUAUUCAUCAUCACCAUCCAGUAGUAGUGGUGAAAUCAAGUCUCCAACCGUGAAGAAGUCUCCCAAUAAAAAUAUUACUACUUCUCCUCGUCGCAAAAAAUCCUCAAAACAACGCGACUUCGAUUCAAAUUCAAAUUCUACCUCCAAAUCUUCAGACACCUCGACUUUGCCUUCACCUAUUUCGGAAGCGGAACAGCGCGUUAGCAAAAAUGACCCAUCUGUUAGCAUUAAGGCAAAAGAUUCUGAUAUGGAUAUAACUUCCACGCCAAUAUCCAACGAUGUAAAAGUAACAUCGAAGUCAGAAUUCGAAAACGAUUCACUGUCACUCAAAAAAGAAAAAUCCGAGCUUAAUGUUCAAGUUAUUAAUGGAAAUCAUGGCAGUGAUAUUGAUAAAGAGACAUCCAAUCAUUCCAAUACCUACGAAAGUGACACGUCAGUAUAUAAAAGGCGCUCAAAGUUGUUAGUCAAAAAAGAUGAGGUUAUUGAAGAUUUUCAAGGUUUGGACAUAAAUUCCACAAAAAUUAUCACCCCAAAUUCGAAUUCUUCUAGCGAUUCGGAUAAAUCUAAGAUGCUACGAUCAUCGGAUCAUUCAUCAACAAAUACUAGUCAAAAUUCUCAGAGGAAAAUUAGGACGUCCAAGUCAACGCUUCAGAAUGGAGAUAGCGAAAAAACUAGCUUGACGAGUAACGUUAUACAUAAUUCAUACGAUGACGAUAAAUUUGAUUCUUACGAUGAAAAUGAAGAGAUCAAAGACAAUGUUAAUGGUGCGGAAUCCGUUGGGAAAGAUAUGAUAGGUUCAGUGAUAUUAAAUAAAAAUCCGUUUGAGGGCCCUGACAAAUCUAGAACCACCGAACAACAAGAUCUCUGUCCCGAGAAUCUAAUGGAUAAGGAGGUGUACGAAAAUAUCAGAAAGUUAAACCAAUUAGCCGGAAAUCGAAUUGAAGGGGAAGUAGAGAAAGAAAAACGUAUAAUAAAAUUAGCUCCAGAUAAGGACUCUGAUGACGAUAGCGAUUCUACCAUCAGUUCAUCGGCGGGUUCUAAUGAUUCCAUCGAUUAUGAUUUAUCGGCCCAUAUGGAGAAAGAUUUUAGUUCUGGAUCUAACGUAGAUAAAAAUCUUUCUAAAAUUUCUUCGAAUGCCGCAACAAAUUUAAACGAUAAUGGUAAUAAUAAUAGUUUUGGCAAGAUAAACAUGACGCGGAACGGGUUUAUAUCGAGCAUGUUAUCUUCCUUAGAAGAAGUCGAAGAAGAACGCGAUUCGGAUAAUUCGAACAUCUCGCCUAAACACCUCGAUAGUCGUUUCAAAAUCCAAGAUGAUGCAAAAUUGGCAUCCGUUGACAACUUGCAAAUGACGGCAUCUAAUCCAACGCACCACGCGAUAUCUCGACAAAUCCACGCUCUAAAUGAUACGGGGGAAGAUACAGAAAAAUUAAAUAAUCAUGUUACAAAAAUAGAGAAAAAUGAGAACGCGAGACGAAUUCAUAAAAAUCUUGAUCUGGAUUCGGAUUCCGAAAGUGAUUCUUUACCUAUGCGACCCACCAACGAGGAGCGCAAAAAAAUUGAGAAAAAUCUGGAUAACGCGUUGUCUUCGACGGAUUCAUCGCUAUCCCUGAAAUCUGACAAAAAUGUUAAUAUUUGGUCAGGAUCCACAAACAGAACUAUAAAAUUUAAAUAACUAUUAGACAAAACAUAAUUAAUUAAAAUUUACAUUCAUAUGCGCAAAAUCCAUGCCGAAUAAUAAUAAUAAAAAAUAUAUAUUAUAUA